UAGAAUCUAUCAAUCCCACCGAGUAACCCAGAAGGAAAUUGACCUUCAGGUGAAUAAAUACAGAGAGAGACCUCAUGCUUCUUUUGGACAUAAACUUGCCAUAUCAGAGACUUUUAAAGUUCUAAAGGGAAAAGCUUCUAAUUGAACCCAAGAAAUCAGAAAUUAACUCGGAAUUAGUUCAGAAAUUAAUUAAGGCUCAGACGAAAAAUUCUUCAUUAACAAAAGGCAAGUUUUAGUUGCUGAACAGUUGAUCACCUCUUCAUUGCAUUGUGCUUCUUCCAAGAUCUGAACCAAGGUUGGUGCAGGAAAUGCAGAAUCCAAGAAAUACUCAAGGGUUUUCUUGCACUUUUGAUUCUUCGUUGUUAAUUGGUGCCGAUAACUUUUGUGGAUCUCCAUCGACAGAAAGCAUCUCUGGUAACGGGAGCACAGUUUCACUUAUUGAUCCCGAAUAUUCUUCAAGUGACUCACAUGAUAUUGAUAAUCUAAGGAAUCAGCUCAGAGAGCUCGAGAACGUCAUGAUGGGAACCACUUCAGGUAGCUUUGAAACCGAGAAUUGGCAACGUUUGGUGGAAAUGAUAAAGAGAGGGGAACUUAAGGAGGUGCUAAUUGCGUGCGCAAAAGCAGUAUCUGAUGAUGACUUGCUGACAGCUGAGUGGUUGAUUUCUGAGCUACAACAUAUGGUUUCAGUUUCUGGUGAACCAAUUCAAAGGUUGGGAGCCUACAUGUUAGAAGGGUUAAUUGCAAGAUUUUCUUCUUCAGGAAUUUCCAUUUACAAAACCCUGAAUUGUAACGAACCUACAAGUGGUGAACUCCUCUCACAUAUGCAGUUGCUCUAUGAAGUCUGUCCGUAUUUCAAGUUUGGGUAUAUGUCAGCUAACGGGGCAAUUGCCGAUGCCCUGAAAAACGAGGACCGCAUUCACAUAAUUGAUUUUCAGAUUGCUCAAGGGAGUCAAUGGGUUAGUCUUAUCCAAGCUUUGGCUGCCCGGCCGGGUGGGCCCCCACAAGUUCGUAUAACAGGCAUCGACGAUUCCACAUCUGAGUAUGCUCGUGGAGGAGGACUUAACAUUGUAGGGGAAAGACUGUCUAAGCUUGCAAAGGCUUGCAACCUACCAUUCGAGUUCCAAGCUGCAGCCCUCAGGUGUGGGACUGAGGUUAAGCUUGAGAACUUUGUACUGCGACCCGAAGAAGCAUUAGCCGUAAAUUUUCCUUUCAGAUUGCACCAUAUACCAGAUGAGAGUGUGGGACCUGAGAAUCACCGAGACACGUUAUUGAGGCUCGUUAAGAGCUGGUCACCCAAGGUGGUAACCCUCGUUGAGUAUGAAUUGAACACAAAUACAGCUCCAUUUUUUCCUCGUUUUCUCGAGACACUGGAUUAUUAUUCUGCCAUUUUCGAGUCAAUCAAUGUUACACUCCCUACAGAUCACAAGGAGAGGAUCAAUGUGGAGCAGCAUUGUUUAGCUAAGGAGGUUGUUAACAUUAUAGCAUGUGAAGGCGCUGAGAGAAUAGAACGGCAUGAGCUGCACGGGAAGUGGAAAUCCCGGUUUCUAAUGGCUGGUUUUAACCCAUAUCCUCUGAGCCCACUCGUAAAUGGUACCAUCAGGACUUUAUUGCAGAAGUACAGUAGGAGUUAUGGACUUGAAGAGAGAAAUGGAGCUCUUUACCUCGGAUGGAUGAACCGAGUUUUGGUUACAGCUUGUGCAUGGCAGUAAGGUAAAAUAGCAUUAAUGUAUAACUCAUGUUAGUUCUGAAUAUUCAUUUGCUUUUGUUACUGAAAAAGGAUGGCUGUUGUUAGAUGUAAUUUGUAUUAAUUCUUUUACAAAUGUAAUUCUACUCCUAAAUUCUUCAUUGUAAAACAAUGUAUAUAACAGCUUCAGAAGGAAUCCAAAAAGUUCUGUUUUUUUGAUGUCA